AUGGGAUCAUCCAUCAAACAUCUCAUUGUCUUCAACAGGUCAACCUCGCCCAUUGAGUUGCUAAAUGAGUCCCUGCUUUUUGCCUGCACAUCUACCACUGCUUUAUCUUCACCACAAUUAUCGAUAUUUCUUUUUGCAAAAAAUGAAACAGAGGAAAAUUUUCACUAUUGUUGGAUCACUGAGUUUGAGAAGCAAAUGCCAGAUGAGUACAGCCUAAUCCCGAGUAAAAGUCACGAGUGUUCCGUCUUGGAAGGAAGCGCCGUGAUGGCUCAGACGUCAAGGAGAGUUCUCGCUUCCCUGACUGCCAUGCUGGGCGCACGCCCAUACGUGAUUUGGUGCGUGAUGAUGCCCUGCAGUUGGAUUAUACUUCAACAGCUUAAACAUUCUCAAGAGCUGCUUACAAGCCAGAAAACUGGACCAACAGAAUUAAAAUCUCAGAUACAUCCAGGGUCUCUUUUGCGAUCAGAGUAUGGACUUUUUGUGCUGGCUUUUGGCCAAGAACAAUUGCAACAACGCUUCGCACACACCCAGUAUAGGAGUUUGUGUAACUAUGCUGUUGUAGAAGAAAGUUAUUACAGUGAUAUCUCCAUUUCCACCAAUGCUUCUCUCAGCACACAUGAGGCACACAAGGUUUCUGUAGAUCUUAAGCCGGUUCAGAUGAAAUUGCCUCUACAGUCGGAGUCCAAAUCUGAUGAAGAAUCGACACCACCAAUAUCGGAUGAUAAUCACAGAAACAUGGACAUUGAUGAUAAAGAGAAAGAUGCCAAAGCUGAAUGCAGAUGGCUUCAAAGAGGACCGAGGUUAUGACGUUAUUGAUGACAAUUAUGCUGUUUGAAUCUCUAAUCUUUUUUUUUCAUCCAUGUAUCUGUUGCAGGCAAAUAGUCAAAUCAGGCAUUUUGUCAAAUGCCGAGGCAAAUAGUCAAAUAUUCUCACGUAGAAUGAGAUUCUGAUUAUUUUCCUUAAUUUAGGCAAAAUAAUGAAUUGCUCCAGUAAAAAAGAAUUCUCUGUAAAAAUAUGAAUCAUGCAAUAAUAUUUUAAAUGAUUUUUAGCUCCUGAAUGAACACUUAUCUCAAAGUGAUCAGCAUUUCAUAAAAUACAGAGUUUUUAAAAUUUUAACAUUUAAAUAUAUGAGAGGCAUUUAAAAAGAAAGGAACA